AGUAAGAAGACAUGUUGUUGGAAGAAAAGGUUACUUCAGCCUUAAUUUCUCACAUUGAUUCAUAGUUGGAUCUGAGACAGCUGGCUAUCUCUGUAUUUUUAUAAACGUUCUAGUUUAGCCUCAAUACAAUUAUGACAUUUCGUAGGUUUUGUAUGUUACAGCUUUAUUUUAUGGAUGUUAAUGAAGAAAGUUUUAAAAGCAUUCUCCCCAUUUAAAACUUUUUAGAAACAAUAUGUUUAUUGAGAAGCCUCACAGAAUAAUUUGAUGUUUAGAAGAUAGAAAAGAUGUCUGGUUGGCACAGCUUGUCGGGAUAUUUACAUUAUAAACCAGGUGGAUCCUUUCAGAAACUAAAAGCAAAAAAGAAAUUAUGGUGUGUAUUUGAAGAAAAGAAAUGCCAGUUGCUAUGUUACAAGAAUGAACAAGAAUCAUUAAAAGGAUCUCCGACAGACAUCAUGAAUAUAAAAGAUUCUGCAAUUAUAUUGGACAUGGAACGACAAAACCAGUUUGUCAUUAUGUGCAAUGGAAAAGAAUACAUAUUUUGUGCAGAAAAUCAUGAAUCAAUGAUGAUUUGGCUCCUUGGUCUACAGGCCAAACAAAUGCAUUAUUCUUGUCUGUGCUGUACUGUAAAUGAAUCUGAAUAUCCAACUGAAGAAAACAGCUAUGAUAAAGAUAAACUGUACAAUAGAGGAAUAAUUCAAACAGUAAAAUGUUCGAACCCAAAUAUGAAUCAUGCAAGAGAUUCUAAUUCUUCAGUGCAUCUAAUCUCCUCAGAAAAACAUGUGGAGAAAAAAAGUCUAAUCCGAAUGAGAUCUCUACCACCAUUAUUUAAAGAUUCGAUAAAAGACUCAUCAAUGAAAGCAAAGAAUUUAACGGCUGACGUUGAACUCCAAAACCAAACUAAAUCAAUUUCAAAUUAUCAGAACAAUGAGGCUAUUGAAAAGUCACCAUUUAUCUCGUCUAGCACUCUCAGUAAGAGUUCUGAAAUAGUGUACAAUUGUGAACAAACUGCUGAAAAUAAUCACAACCCUACCCGAAGUGCAAAGCAAAACAAACGAAGUAAACGAAAUACUAUCACAGGAGAAACCAUUCGGGAAAUUACAUCAGUUCUUGCUGAAACAAAAAAUUGCUGCAACAAAAAGGACAAUGAUUCAGAAGAGAAUAGUGAAGAAAAUAAACAUAUGGCAAGAGAAACAGAGCUUGAAGAAGAACUCAUGGAAACCAAGUGUACUUUAGCUAAAGUACUAAACACUUUAACAACUUACCAAGAGACAAUAGCCAGAAAAGAUUUGAUAAUCUUACAAUUAGACCAGCAUCUUGAAGAACUCGAAAUGAGUUCACAACCAGGUUUGAAAAAUGAGAAUGCUUCGAAAAAAAUCAAAGAGAUCCAAGAACAUAUUCGAGUUUUGCAAAAUAAGAAUCGUUUCCUCAAUAAGGAAGUUCAAAGACUUGCAACAUUUCGUCAGCAAGAUCAGUUGAAAUACGCUGACCAAUACGAUGAAAUAAAAAUCUUAGAAUCAGAAAUUUAUUCGUGUAAAAGGGAAUUCUGCCAUUUGAUCCAGUCAUGCAUAAAGUUUCCUCAAAGUGAAAAUAUUGAUGAAUCACAGUUUAUCUCUACAAAUCAGACCUAUUAUAAAGAAAAAGUUUGCAAACUUCUUGAAGAAGCAAGACAAACAAAUCCCAGUUUACCAGUAUAUGAGAGGCUGAUAGCUAAACAGGUUCAUGUCGACAGUUAUGGCUUUAAGCAUGUACAUAGUACUUCAGAUAUGGCCAUACACUAUACAUGCCAGCAGCUCUCUUUACACUACAGCAAACAACUAGAAAACUAUGACUGUAACCAAAUACAAUGGAAAAUUUUCACUAAAAACCUAAACACUCCAACUGAAUGGUGGAAAAAUAAGAAAAAGAAAAAGGAACUGAAAUUGCUUGGUCGCAAAGGGAUACCUGACCAGUUCCGUGGAAAGCUUUGGAGUUAUUUUAUUAAAUUAAAGUUAGAAAAUAUAAUGUCUGACAAAGGACUUCAUUAUUUUAGUAAUCUAUGUAAUAUUCAAAUUGAUUGUCAGUCGGCUGCUAAAUAUCGACGACAAGUCUUUGUUGAUCUCUUACGAACGAUGCCAAAUAAUGUUAAGUUUUCAUCAGCAGAGAGUAAAGGGGUGAUGGACCUUCAAGACAUACUUUUGGCAUAUUGUGUUCACAAUCCCUGUAUUGGUUACUGCCAGGGUAUGAACUUCUUUGCAGCAAUGUGUCUCUUGUUUAUGAAUGCACAUGAUACAUUCUGGGCUCUGGUUGCCAUUACAGAAUUUUACUUCCCUCAGCAUUACUUUGAUAAUAACCUAAUUGGUGCACAAGCGGAUCAAUUUAUCCUGAAAGACUUAGUCAAAAAUAUGCUGCCUAAUCUAGCAGAGCACCUAGAAAGGACUGAUAUAGAACUAUCCACUAUAACUCUUACUUGGUUUAUGGCAAUCUUUUUUGAUUCAGUACCAUUUCAGACCCUGUUGAGGAUUUGGGAUUGUUUCAUCAUUGAAGGACCUAAAAUAUUAUUUCGGUUUUCUGUAGCCAUUCUAAAAAUACACGAGGCAGAACUUCUCAAACAAACAGAUACAAUCAGUUUGAUGAAACAUGUCAAAUCUUGUGCAAAGCUAACAAAUGAUGUAGAAGAAUUGGUUAAGGUAGCUUUUGAAGAACUUAACCCAUUUCCUAAAUGGCAGACAAUCCGUGCUAAACAAGUCUAUUAUCAAAGUAUGAUUCAAGAACAUUAUAAAUGGCAGAAAAUUAAUGAAAAUAGCUUUUUGUUCAGUAGAGAAAUUGAUGAGGAGAAGAUGAAUCAUUUGAAACCUAUCACAGAACAACAGUUAUCAAUACAGACUGCUGAAGUCUAUAUCGAAGGAUUUGCAUGGUUUUGUUAUGGGAAACAGGACUAUUCAGUUGUUUUUGAAAUAAACUGCUUUGAAAAUGUUAUGUAUGAAUUACCAAUCAAGUUUGAUACAAAAGUAUUAUGUUGUAAAGCAGUCAAUCCAAAUAUGGUAUUAUUUGGCACGCUUUCAUCAAUGCUCUAUGCUUAUCAACCAGAAUCAAGGGUACAAUUAUGGGAAGUACGUCUUCUUGCAGCAGCAAUGAGCUUAAAUUACAUCUCUAAAGAGAAGACUACAACUAUUUUUGUGGGUUUAUCAAAUGGAAAUAUUGCUAUUUUAGAGGAUGCAUCUAUCAGCCCAAAUAGUCUUGCAGAUGUCUUGUAUAUUCCACUAAACCAGGCACCAAUCACAUCUCUUCUUAUCUGGGAAGACACCUUGUGGUGUGCCUCAGCCAACAGAGUUUUUAUCCUAUCUGCUUUGACACUGGACUCCAUAUCUUCCUUUCAACUGUCUGACAAUCCAUAUGAAAUAGUUUUAUCGAUGAAACCAUGUGAACAUGGAGUAUGGAUUAGCUUAAAAGGAUCUUCUGUUACUGAAAUAUGGGAUCCAGAUUUGUUGACUUGUAAAAUGAAGUAUGAUAUCAGAAAUGGAUGGAUUCCUAUUCCAAAAGAGGAUGAUGAAAAACUAAAUGAACAAAGGGUUACUUGCUUUUUACCUCAUGAUAAUAUGCUCUGGAUUGGUGUAGGAGAUGGUAACUUAUCCAUCUAUGAGAUCUUUUCACCACCAGCUGUUAUGAAAGAGCUUGCAUCAGCUGAUGACUACAAGAAAAACCUAAUGGAGAACAAUGAGCUAUUUCUUGAAAAUGAUAUCCCUUGUAUAUUAGCUUCCUGUAAUGAUGACACACUGUCUAAUGAAACAUUAAUGGAAGACGAGCAGAACAAUAAUAAAGAAACAUUAUGGCAGCUAAACCAAGAGAAUACAGAAUUAUGUUCUAAUAAACAGAAAUCAAUAUCUGAUUUCAAUAACAAAGCCAAUGAGUUAUUUCAUGAGGACAUGACAAGAACAACUGCUUACAACUCAAAAGUAAAUGAUCAUUCCUUGAUUGAAAAGUUGGAGAUUAGCUCUAAAAACAUUCUUCCAGAUGUCAUUGAUAAUGUAACCAAUCGACAAUCUGCAGAAGGAAUAGAUUUAUUAGAUUCUACAAUUUGUCAUGUUAUACCUGAACAAAAUCCUUCCAGUAACAAUUUCUCUCAUUUAAAUGAAACAGUUAUAAAGCAAGACAAGCAGGCCAUUCUGGAAUUGCAGCCCUCUUUAAGUGAGCAGCAAACAGAAAGUGGUGAAAUAUAUCUCAAUAAUCUUGAUGAAUCACUAAAAGAAAUUAAGGCAUGUCCGUUGGAAGAUUCUCCAUCAGAGCUAAUUACUGAUCUUAAAACAAUAGAACUUUCCAAAAUAAAUGAGCAACAUUAUUCUCAAAAUUUAUCACAUACUAACUCUCCACAAUGUUUCUUAAAUACUAACAAAAAUAACAAUGAAAUAUUGUUAAAAUCUGAAGAAACAAUGUAUGAUAAAGCUGAAAUUAGUUUGUUAAAUGGCAACAAAAGUAAAGAAUUACCAAAACAAUUUACAAUUAAACCUGAGUUCUGUGAUCAAAACAUUAAUGGAAUCCAAAACACGAAGACACAGCAUAACAAUAAUGAGGCAAGCUUAUCUAAUUUAAACAAAGAGCAGUGUCAAGAAAGAGAAAGUAGUAUCAAUGGCGUUUCCUCAGGAAAGGCAUUCUACAAUCCAACAAGGGUUUUAAAUAAUAAACAAGAGGUAUCACCAAGGACAUGGUCCAAAGUACAGAAAAAAAGUUCAGAAAAUAAUUUACCUUCAACAAAUAAAUUAGAAAAACUGAUGAAAACAAAGUGUGAGAAUGGCAAUGAAGAAACCCACUUUAAGGAGAAUAAAGAAAAUGGAAAAUCUCAAAGUAGAAAUGCUAUUAUUGAAAGACAGAAUUCCUUCAGUAAUCAAAUGAACCAAGAUUCCUCAUCAAACUAUAAUUACAGAUGUGAAUCUAACAGCAAUAAAUUAACGUAUAUCAACCAGCAACCAAAAGAAAUUGCUCCCUAUUCAAGUAACUUAUCAAAAUAUGACCAACUUAAAGAAGGAAAUUAUUUUAGUAAUAGAAUAAUUGAUAAUGAAAAUUUGGUCAAACAAAUACCAUCAGCAGAUGUUUUGAUGACACAGAAAAUGGAGUCUGAUCAUAUUUCAGUUAAGUUUAUUCCAAGCAUGACUAAUAAGAUACAUUUCUUAAAUGAAAAAGAACCACCAAAGACUGAUCAGUCGAAAGCAUCCCUUCAUGACUACCAUGAAUCAAAGUAUCGAUUGGAAUUUUCUGAGUACGACGUUAAACAGACUAAAGAAAUUUUGGAUCGAAAACUAUCAUUUUCCAGCAAUAUCAGUGACCUUUCAUCUACAUGUGCAACAGAACUUGCUUCAAAUAGUUUUGAGGCAUGUAGUUUGUCAACGAUUGAUGGAGAAGACUUCAAGUUUUAUAAUAGAAAACUCGGCAGUUUCAACACUCCAAAUUCAACAUCAUCUCCUAGUAUUUUAGACAUCUCAGACUCACUUUAUUUAAAUCUUAUUGCUAGACUAAAGAUAUCAGAGAAACCAGUGGCUUGCCUUCUGGAGGCUAAAAUUAAUGAAGAACCAUUAAUAUUGAGCUUCAGUGGUUUCCAUGGUGAUGAAGAACCAGUUUUGAGGUGGAGAAGGGAACCAGAUGAAAAAAUUUGGACAAAUGAACCUGUACAAGAAAUAUGCCCAAUAACAAAAGUCCCAAAACCUUCAGGGUAUUUGAGGAAUUGCCUUCAGUCUAAUAGUCAAAAGAAAUUCAUUUCAAAUUUUGAAAAACAUGAUGACACUUUCAUUGAUGAAUCUAAAAUAUUUUCUGGAAAAUGAGAAAACCCCUAAUGUCAUAAACAUCAUGCAUGAGUCAUGAAAUAUGAAUAUUUUGGAAAAGAUUUACAAUUUAAGUUAAAAUAGAAUCCGGAAAUGUUAAUACAAUUUGAAUAACAUCAGCAGUGUAAAUAAAUUUGGGUAAAACAUUCCUAUUAGAUAUUGGUUUGAUAACAAAUAUUUUAAGUUCUAAUUUCACUAGAUUUAUUAUAUAUUCAAUCCAUCCAUUUUUGCUAUCCACUAUUUCUUGUAGGGUAAUGAAGAUAGAGUCUUCAUGCAACUCUUCAAUAGGGUCCUAUUAGAAAUAACCAUAACACUUUCCUGUUGAAUUCCCAAGCAUGACCAGCUGACACCAUAGAUAUUAUCCAACCAUCUCAAUCUUAGUCUAAACCCUAGGUCUCCUGCUAGUUGCUUAGCUUGAAGAAUCUGUCUUGUGAUUAAUUCCUAAUACAUUCUAACCAAUCUGUUAUGUAUUGAUUUUUAAAAUUAUAGUGGAAAAUGUAAUAAACAUGGUAAACAGUGUGUAUUGCUGUAAAGAGAGAGCUGAGUGAAGCAAAACAGACAAUUUUCAAGUUAUCAAUGAAGCAAGUAAAGAAUAACUAUAAACAAAUAUAGAAAAAAAAGUACAAGAAUUAUAAUUCAGUAAAGAAUUUUUUGAAUGCAAAUGAAAUUUAAUGAGCUGUCUUGAACUUCACAUCAUUUUUAAUCAUAAGUGAUAAAUGUAUUUUCAGAGAAUUUAAAGUAUUUAGAUUUACUUGACUUUUAUUGCAUGAAAAUACAGAGCGAGUCAAAUAGCACCUAGUUUCCAAGAAGUUGUGCCUUUCUUUAUUGUUUUGUAGGUUAUUACUGAUAGUUUUGAAAGUUACUAAAUCUGGAUCAUGUAUUACGUUGUUGAUAUCCCAACCCAUAGAACAAGAACAAGGAGUCAAAAGUAUAUCUCUCAAUUGGGAAGUCAUACAUAUCAACCCUAAAACAGGAAUUGGGUGCCUCUUUUGGCUCACCCUGUAUAUAGAAUUUUGAGUGAAUAAUUUAAACUAAAAGGUAAUACA